UUUUCACCAGGUACCCAUUCAAUUAGAGGACUGCAAAGUAGUAACAUCACCAUCAGGAACCUUGACGUAAACCAUGUGAGCCCCGAGAAGCGAAGACUGCUUACCCUUUGGGUGCAGAUAGCCUGGCACCUGCUUGAACGGGUGGAUGACCUGGAGAAUGCCAACCCUCCUCCAAAGCCAAAGCCUCAGCCGUAAGCACAUCAAUCCUAUCCUUGACGCCUUCAAAGCUGAGUAUCGGUCAGAUGUAUCGGAUCAGAGUAGAUGGAAUACUGUAGACCGUGCUUUCAAGGAAACGUGGCAAUUUCCAUAUUGCCUCGGUGCGUUUGAUGGCAAGCACAAACGCAUCAAGAAGCCUCCAAAAAGCGGGUCCCUCUUCUACCACUACAAGAACUUCUUCUCUAUCGUCUUGCUGGCACUCGCGGAUGCUGACUACAAGUUCCCGUGGGUUAACGUCGGGGCCAAGGGAUCAGCAUCAGACGCUGAUGGUCUUCAACCAUUCACGAGAUCGGAUGGAGGGCGAUGACCUUGUAUUCCCCGCAUGGUGUGCCAUACUUCAUCAUCGGAGACGAUGCCUUUCCACUCCGCCCCUGGAUGAUGAAGUCCUUUUCCAUGCGUCAGAUGGAACUCGAUCAGCAGAUCUUCAACUGCAGACUGUCUCGGGCCAGACGAGUGGUGGAGAAUACUUUCGGGAUUCUGGCUAUGAGGUUCCAGAUAUUCCUCGGCUCCCUAAAUAGCACUGCAGUCAGAGCUGAACAGAUAACCCAGGCCUGCGUCACUUUACACAACAUGCUGAGAACGAGGAACCGAAACAGUCAGAUGAACCUCAUAGACCGGGCAAUGGGAACUGUUCACUCACCCAAGGCGAGUGGCGCUCCUGCACACAGCUGCUUGAUAGGGGUAACCGGGGUGCGAAGAACGUUACCCCACUAGAUGGCGCCAACCAAAGAAACUAUUUGAAGGACUAUUUCAUGGGCCCAGGAGCUGUUCAUAGGCAAGAGAAAAUGAUAUCCAAAUGACUUUAAAGUGUACUCUAUUAUUUAGGACUACUUCAUUUACAAAGGAA